ACUCAGUUUGUGGGCGGGACCAGACAGUACCUAGGGGGGACCCGGACGCAGCCAAUCCUGGCCUGAAGAUCGUGUUGGGGACUGGCAGUGCAGUCUCCCGACCCCCCUUUCUGGGCAUCCUGGGGGAUGACCCCAGUGCCAGGCUGGGCGCCGGCCGCCUGAUGCUGGGUGGGCCAAGCUGGGGAUGCUGGAACGAAGGGCGUUGCUAUGGCAACGGGAGGCAGGGCCUGGGGGGGGGACCGGGCCCGGGCUGGGGCUGGGGGGGCCGGUUGUGGCUGUGGCGGGGCGAUGGCGGAGCGCGGCCCGGCCUUCUGCGGUCUCUACGACACGUCUUCGCUUCUACAAUACUGCAACGAUGACAAUCUGUCGGGUACCAGUGGUAUGGAGGUGGACGACCGCGUGUCGGCGCUGGAGCAGCGGCUGCAGCUGCAAGAAGACGAACUGGCGGUCCUAAAGGCGGCGCUGGCGGACGCGUUGCGUCGCCUGCGGGCCUGUGAAGAACAAGGCGCAGCACUGCGCGCCAGGGGCACCCCCAAGGGCCGCGCCCCCCCGCGUCUGGGCACCACCGCCUCGGUGUGUCAGCUCCUGAAGGGACUUCCCAUCACCAGGACACCCCUCAAUGGCUCGGGACCCCCGCGACGCGUGGGCGGCUAUGCCACCUCUCCGUCUUCCCCCAAGAAGGAGGCGACCUCCGGGCGCAGCAGCCGCCGCUACCUGUCACCUGAGCGUCUGGCCUCGGUGCGCCGCGAGGACCCUCGGAGCCGAACCACAUCUUCCAGCAGUAACUGUAGCGCAAAAAAAGAAGGCAAAACCAAAGAAGUUAUCUUCAGCAUGGAGGAGGGCUCCGUGAAGAUGUUCCUUCGGGGCCGCCCUGUGCCCAUGCUGAUCCCGGCUGAGCUGGCACCUACGUACAGCCUGGACACACGCUCUGAGCCACCCUCCAGCCGGCUCAAGCUAGACUGGGUCUAUGGCUACCGGGGCCGGGACUGCAGGGCCAACCUUUACCUCCUGCCCACUGGGGAGGUGGUGUACUUUGUGGCUUCCGUGGCUGUACUGUACAGCGUGGAGGAGCAGAGACAGCGGCACUACCUGGGACACAAUGAUGACAUCAAAUGUCUGGCUGUCCACCCAGAUAUGGUCACCAUUGCCACGGGACAGGUAGCAGGCACCACAAAGGAGGGCAAGCCGCUGCCUCCCCACGUGCGAGUCUGGGACUCCGUUUCCCUCUCCACCUUACAUGUUCUGGGCCUUGGGGUGUUUGACCGAGCUGUGUGCUGCGUGGGUUUCUCUAAAUCGAAUGGGGGCAACUUGCUGUGUGCAGUCGAUGAAUCCAACGAUCAUGUGCUUUCCGUGUGGGACUGGGCCAAGGAGACCAAGGUGGUAGAUUGCAAGUGCUCCACUGAGGCUGUGCUGGUGGCUACCUUCCACCCCACCGACCCCACUCUGCUGAUCACCUGCGGGAAAUCCCACAUCUACUUCUGGAGUCUGGAGGGAGGCAGCCUGAGUAAGCGGCAGGGCCUGUUUGAGAAACAUGAGAAACCAAAGUAUGUGCUGUGUGUGACCUUCUUGGAAGGUGGUGAUGUCGUCACUGGAGACUCUGGGGGGAACCUCUAUGUCUGGGGCAAAGGUGGGAACCGCAUCACCCAGGCAGUACUGGGUGCCCAUGACGGUGGCGUGUUUGGGCUCUGCGCCCUGCGGGAUGGGACACUGGUAUCUGGAGGAGGCCGAGACCGGCGGGUGGUCCUCUGGGGUUCCGACUACAGCAAGCUGCAGGAAGUGGAGGUCCCUGAGGACUUUGGUCCAGUACGUACUGUGGCAGAGGGACAGGGAGAUACACUGUACGUGGGGACUACUCGCAACUCCAUCCUGCUUGGGUCAGUGCACACGGGUUUCGUGCUGCUUGUCCAGGGCCAUGUGGAAGAGCUCUGGGGCCUGGCCACGCACCCCAGCCGGGCACAGUUUGUGACCUGCGGGCAGGAUAAGGUGGUGCAUCUGUGGAGUUCAGAGAGCCACCAGCCCCUGUGGAGCAGGACCAUUGAGGACCCUGCCCGCUCAGCUGGCUUCCACCCCAGUGGCUCUGUGCUGGCGGUGGGCACAGUAACUGGCAGGUGGCUGCUGCUGGAUACGGACACCCAUGACCUAGUGGCCAUUCACACGGAUGGCAAUGAACCGAUCUCAGUGGUCACUUUCUCUCCAGACGGGGCGUACCUGGCCGUGGGCUCCCACGACAACUUGGUGUACGUGUACACGGUGGACCAGGGUGGCCGCAAGGUCAGCCGCCUGGGCAAGUGCUCGGGUCAUUCCAGUUUUAUCACCCACCUGGAUUGGGCCCAGGACAGCAGUUGCUUUGUCACCAACUCCGGAGACUACGAAAUCCUGUACUGGGACCCGGCUACCUGUAAGCAGAUCACCAGUGCAGACACCAUGAGAAACGUGGAAUGGGCCACUGCUACUUGUGUGUUAGGGUUUGGGGUGUUUGGGAUCUGGUCAGAGGGGGCAGAUGGCACUGAUAUCAACGCCGUUGCGCGCUCCCAUGACAGGAAAUUGCUGGCUUCAGCUGAUGACUUUGGCAAAGUUCACCUGUUCAGCUACCCCUGCUGUCAGCCACGAGCCCUCAGCCACAAAUACGGUGGACACAGCAGCCACGUGACGAACGUGGCCUUCCUGUGGGAUGACAGCAUGGCCCUGACCACUGGGGGCAAAGACACAAGUGUGCUGCAGUGGCGGGUGGUCUGAAGCAGUGGUCUGGGGGACACGGGCCAGGGUGGAGGCCCACGGGGGGCUGGAGUUCUAUUUUCGGGAGAUGUCUAUUAUGGAGUAGAGUAAUAUAUACCCAGAGUAUGUCUAUAGCAGAGGACUGCUGGGCGGGAGGGGAUGACAGAUAGAAGUCUUUAUUUAUCUGGGAGGGAAGAGGGGUCACCAUACCUUGGGGAGCCAUUGGUGUUUGCUUUGGGGUGUUUUUUUUAAGUUUAUUCUUUUAUAUCAUCCAGAAAUACAGACUUGUGCACUGA